AUGCAAAGUUGGAAACAUAUCGAGAAUACAGAAGAGAGACACAUAGAAACUACUUCGUUAGAGAUUGAGCGACCAUAUAAGAAAUCUGUGGCUGAGAAUCCUAGCAUUGGGUUUGCAUAUACACGGCGUAGUGUUCUUCGAAAGCUAGUCAUCACCCACCCCACAGACUUUAGGCCUACAAAUCCUGGCAACAGCCCAGGCGUUGGACACUCUCAGGGACGACACUGA